AUGGAUUCCUACCCUCUUUCUGACCAUGGCAUACAUUCCGGGUCUAGCCACAGUCCAGGCUUGUUGCAUGAUGAACAUCUGCAGCAACUUCAUCAGUCAAUACAGCAGCAACAGCAGCAGCUCCAUCACCAGUUGUCAUCAGGCAGUAGCAGCAUCAGCGAUUUGAUUGGAAUGUUGCCACAGACAGCAUCACUGAACUCCUCAGUGUCAAUGUCAUCUUCAAUGUCGGAGUCUCCCCUCGGCCAUGGCAUGCAAGGUUUGUCUGCUCAUCAUCAGGGUUUGUCAGGUUACAGGUCUGAUAGUCAUGGCCAUUUGACCAUGCCAGAUUCUCCUAUCUACUCAAGUCAUGGAAGACAUACAGAUUCUUCGAUUGGUCCGUCUCAUUCCUCAGAUUCCCAACAAAUUGUUAAAUCUCACGAUUCCGGCCGUGCUGACUCAGGAAUAUCCUCCAUUGACUACACAAGACAGGGAGAUAGCUAUGUCUGCUCUUUGUGUGGGAAGGUUGUGGUAUCAAAGGCAGCUAUAACCAGACACAUUCAGCUGACCCACGAGAAGAAGAAGCCUUUUGAGUGUAACAUUUGCCACCGACGAUUUGGCUACAAGAAUAUUCUAAUGGAGCAUCAGAACAUCCACUUUGGCAUCAAACCCUAUGCCUGUACCCUGUGUGACAAACGGUUUGCAGCCCGCUCCAACUUGUUCCAGCACCGCCUACUCCACAUGAAGCCAUUCUGCUGCUAUAUUUGUAACAAACGUUUCGACAGAGAUGAGCAGUUGCAGCGCCACCUGAAGUUACACCCCACAGCCAAUGCCUUGUCUUGCAGCCAGUGCUCAUUUACAGCCACAAAUGUGGAAGCCUUGAACCAGCACCUACAGGAGAACCACAAGCUGCUUACCUAUGAUACUCGCCGACAUUCAUCCAGUUUUGACAGUGACAGCGGGGACACACCUUCACAGCUUGUCAUGUCCUUACCAAGUCCUACACUUACUUCCCCUGACAAAUCACCUAGCCAUCAGAUGUCGCUGCAGAUCGAUUCCGAUGCCAUGAGGAGAAUUGACUCAAUCUGCUCACAGUUAGCCACCAGAGGCCAAGGCCACCAUGGAGGAGAUGGAACCCAGGUUAAACAAGAACCACUGUCACCAGGUGGUGUUAGAUUCCCCCCGAACUCAUCGCCUCACAGCUUCCCACCAGCCUCUCCUUCUAGGGACCAACUCUUCAACCACGGUUCCCCGACCUCCACCAUCAGUAAUUCAUCCUGCAUCAGUAUUACAUCUCGCUGCCACAACCAGCGUCUGCCACCAUUUUCAACCGCCCUGGGACGACCUUACUCCAAUCCCUCAGAUCCUGAACAGGUCAGUCCCCUUUCAAUGGUAGCUUGUCGCAAAGACGCAUCUCCGAUCCCAGGGAUGGAGUCCCACGGGAAUAAAUUCCACAUGAGCAUGAACAAUUCCCGAUUUCUACCUCCAAAUCGCAGAGCAAACUCCCUGGGCUCAGUGAAUCACAUGGGUUCAUUAAGACACAGUGGUCCAGCACCAGAACACGUACGAUCGAUUGCCGACUCCACCAGUAAUCUGUCCGAGUUUUUCUCGACUCUUCAGGGACUCGUCCAAAGAUCACAGGAGAUUCCAGAGCUUCAUGUCAACAUUUCAAGACCAAAAAUCACCAAAGAUGUUAGUACCCAGUACAAUAACACCAACUUACCUGGCGAGCUGCCUUCAUUAGAGGAUCUUCUCAUUUACUAUGAAUCUCAAGGCAGACUGUACCGGUGCCAGCAUUGCCGAAUCAGCUUCGAAGAACGAGGCUUGUAUUUUUUACAUAAAUCGCUGCACGGUGAGAUGAGUCCCUGGCAAUGUAGCAUCUGUCUCAAGUUUUGUGCCGAUAGAAAUGAUUUCCAUCUGCAUUUUGUGAACCAGCAACAUCGGCCAGAGCAUAUCUUACACUGA